UUAAUAUAACAUUGUCCCAAUGCAAUAAUAAAUUCCAUUGUGUAAAAAUUACUAUUAGAAAAUAUUGGGCGAGAAUAAUUCAAGAACCUGUCAACACUUUUUCAAAACAUGGCGGCUUCCAUGUUAGAAGUUCGAUUGAGCAAAACAACCAAAGCAAGAUGUGUUUUUGCUGCCUGUGACUUGAAGUCUGGUGAUGAAAUUCUUGUAGAAGAACCUUAUGCGAUUUCUCUGUCUACCUAUCAAGAUAGAUGUGAUUAUUGUUUUUCAGAUAGAAACAAACUCCUUCGCUGUUCCCGGUGUAAAUGCCAAAAUUACUGCAAUACAUCAUGUCAGAGAUCAGCCUGGGUUUUACAUAAAAAUGAAUGCAAGGACUUACAAAGAUUUUCACCAGGCAAACCUUCAGAGACAGUUUUACUAGUGGCACGGCUUCUACAACUAAGCAAGUAUUCAAAAGAAUCAAACAGUAGCGAUGACUUUCCUUGUAGCUUAUCAGAACUUCAGUCAAAUCAUGAACACUUCAAUGAACAAAGAAAGAAACAAUUUGUAAAACUCCUAUCGACUUUGAAGAAUUACUGCGGUGAUCAGUUGCCUAGCAAUCAAGAGCUGCUUCACCUGUUUGGUCAAGUGACUUGUAAUUCUUUCAACAUUUGUGACCCUGAAAUGCAGUCAAUUGGCGUCGGAAUCUACCUGAAAUCCUCUUUAUUAAACCACAGUUGUUCCCCAAAUUGUACUGCAAUAUUUGUUGGCACAACUAUCCACAUUCGUGCAGUAAAGGCAAUCAGCAAAGGAGAAGAGUGUUCAAUCAGCUAUAUAGAUUUGAUGAAUCCCAGUCAUAUACGACAAAGAAUGCUGCAGGAGCAAUAUUACUUCACCUGUGACUGUACCAGUUGUCAGGAAGAACUCCUUGAUGCAGAAAUGGGAAGCGUCACAUGUGAGAAUUGCUCCGGGCAGGUACUCAGGAGAGAUGACACUAGUUUUCAAGCCUGCUCUGCAUGUAAUACACAGGUAUUACCAACAAGAAUUUCUGAAGUUUUGCAUAUAGAAGAAGAAAGUAGGAGUCUCUUAGAGGAUUGUGAUAGUUUUUCAGAAAAAUUGAAGUCCAAAAGCAAGGGACAAGAGAAUUGGCAAAAUCUUUUCAAACUUUGGUCAAAGUUGUCAAUAAAACAAGCUGGUGUUCUACACAUAGAAAACGUAUAUAGGGUCCGAACUGUGGAUAAACUAUAUGAUGUUGCGGUUAAUCUACAAAAUUGGACUGAUGCUCUGUAUUUGGCCCAGAAAGUUAUACAAUCUUACAGGAAAUUGUAUCCAUCUUUCCAUCCAUUAAUUGGUGUGCAUCUUCUCCGAUUGGCCAAGCUGCAGCACUUCCUAGGCAGUUUCACUAUGGCCAUUCAAUAUCUUCAGCAGGCGAGUGACAUAAUCAAGGUAACCCAUGGCCUACAGCACGAGUUAUACAAACAACUAGAGGAAAUUCAGUCAAACUGCAUUGUAGAAGCUAGGUUUUAUUCUAGUGAUACCCAAGAUAAAGUCAAUUAGUAUGAAGCCAUAUCUUUCUCCCUUUCUUGAUAUUUUUUUAUUUUAACUUCCCUUCUUAAAGAAAUCCAUAAGUACCACCAAAAAACAAAAAUAAAUAAAAUAUUUAGUAAUAGUCUGGUGGUUCCCUUCCCUUCCAAACUCAUAAUUCUGGGCUGAAUUUCUGGCCAGCAUUCAUUUUUCUCACUCACUUAACCCUAAGCUUCAUAGUCAGGCUUAGGGAGUUAAACAGGGCUAUGUUUGAGACUGUUUUCUGUGGAAGGCGCUACAUAAAUAUACGACCAUUGACCAUAUUAAACAGGUACCCAGUAUAAAAAAAUAAAAUAUCGGCCAUUUAAGGGUCUAUACAUUAUAUUUUAAUAUCAGAUUUAUAAAAUAUUUUAGAGUAUUUUGGACAGAUAAGUAUAUCUGCUGUCUUAACCUUUAUUGCUGUAAUUUAUAUAUGAUAUAUAAAAUGCAAUUAUUUUUUAAAGAAUGUCAGUGUGUUUUUAUUUUGUAUUAUUUGGUUAAGAAAAGCAGAUUAAAUUUUUUUUAAAUGGCUGACAACAACUGAUCUCUGUUCAAUUUUGAAAAACGAUUUUUCUGUAAUUUAUAUAUGAUAUAUAAAAUGCAAUUAUUUUUUAACGAAUGUCAGUGUGUUUUUAUUUUGUAUUAUUUGGUUAAGAAAAGCAGAUUAAAUUUUUUUUAAAUGGCUGACAACAACUGAUCUCUGUUCAAUUUUGAAAAACGAUUUUUUUUUCACAAUGAAAGUGAUCUCCAUUCCAUAACCCCUAAAGUGAGACUAAUUGUGUUGGUUUUUUUUUUGUUUUUUUUUUAUGACGAUUUUUUAUAUUUUGUAUGACAAUAAAGUUGAAUCUGAAUAAAAAUGAAUGUCACUAAUUCAUUGAUUGUUGGCGUUUACGCUGUUGAAUCAUGGAGUGAUAGUUGAAUGAAAAUGGGAUUAGGUACCUUGCAACGUUUGUAGGUAAACAUUUCCGAAGUUUACUUUUAUUUAUCAGUAAAAGCAAC